AUACAUUGUGAGAAAAUUCCUCAUUUGAAUAUAGACAUUUUAAAAAUCAUACAACAUUAAUAUAUUUAUUAUAAAUAUUCAAAUUACCAAGUUACAUACUGAUUUCCAUCCAAUAAAAUGCUUUGAUGUCAUAAUACUUUGUUAGUGGACUGCUUAACUUUCUCAGAAAGACAUUUUUAAAGUAACGUUUAAUAUUUAUUUUAUGUUUAAUAUCUCUUAUGUUGUCAUGUUGUUACAGUUGAGACCAAAAUUAUUCAUACCUCAGGCAGAUUUUAAUGAACAAUAAUUCUAAUAAACCAACAAGUUUGUUUCCAGUAGGAAAUGACAGGAGAGAAUCACAAAAAUAUAUAUUAUUUACAUUUUAGAACGAAAAUGAUAUGUCAAAAAUGAUUUAGACCCAAUAAUCAGUGGGAAAAUCCUUAAUGGCAUUAAUUUACAGUAUUCAAAUCAGCAUUUCAGAUGCUACGUAUUAUGGAGAGCGGCGAGAGAACAGUUCCGAAAUUUAAACUACAGUGUUACAAUCUCGACAUUGUUUUUCUCGACAUAGGUGCCAUCCAUCACGUCUAGUUUGCCGAUAGGUCAAAUGGUCAAUAGCCGCAAACAAGGUGGCCUCCUGUCUGCUGUGAGAAUCGAUGCGCCUCGCCCUGGGGAGAAUACAACUGUCCCACAGCACAUCAGAUUCACAUGCAGCCUUUGGGAUCCUUCUGACGUCUCCACGGCUUUGGCAGGAUUGAUCUGUGUUACCAAAGGCCCAGAGCAAGUGGGCAACUGCUGAUGCACCAUCGAUAUGAGCACAUCAGGAUGUAGCCUGUAUGUGGGACACAGGCGAUGAAGACAGAAUGUAUCCAUCUCUCUGCUAUCCUUCACACAAAGCCUUAAGCUGUAUGUGGUUCCUGAAUAGACAUGUGGAUUCAAUUUACUGGUAAUAAAAAAAAGGAUUUAAAAAAGGAUGUUUAUGUUGUUUAAAUUAAAAUCAGACAUCAGUUUACCUGUCUUUUUUUUUAUCCCUUUAGGUAGAAUUUGUACCUAAAUUGGCAAACUAUUUUCAAUAGCUACUGUAUUUUCUAUAGUUUGUGAAGAAAACAUAUUUUGACACGUUUUUACAAACAAGAAGUUGUUUUAAAAAAAUAAAUAAAACGUCACGAUACCGCAAUAACGCCAUUUUAUUGUCAUGAAGCGGUGUGUUGAGGUGGUGAGGCAGACGCUGUAGACCCAGGAUGUGAUAAAUGAAUGAUUUUAAUGGGGAAUGUCCAGCAAAACACAGUCCAAAAUAACGGGCAGCACGGCUCGACGCCGGUAGCAACCGUAAAAAGGAAUGGACAACGGAAACAACACGAACGAGACACACCUGGGAACAAUCAAGGGGAGGACAGGACAACACGGAGACACAGAUACACAGGAAACUCAAAAUAAACACACAGAAAAACACGGAACAUGACACUUAUAUUGUUCAAACGUGAGAACGACACAGUUACAACGCGGUGUAACCCUGUUUUCCUUUUACCUGAAGGACAGCUUCAGUACGCAGCUUUCAGCAGCUUACGACAAGCGUUCGUGUGUCUUGGUAACACGUUUCCGUGGCAACCAUGGAGCGCUCUAACACAAGCAGGAAGCGAGGCCGCGGACGAGGUAAGAGCAGGUAAACAACUUUUUUAAAAAAAACACUGAAACUUUUGACGUUUUUAGCUUCUGCUGAAGCCUUAGGUCUGAAUUUUUUCCACAUGCGUAAUCUCUGAACGCUAGCAGUUGCGUACUAAAUCAUAUUACGUUACGCAUGAAAAGUGAUAUUUGGUUAUGUUGGCAAAUAAAAUAAAAUCCUCCCUACUAGCUUCACUUCUAAGGUUCUGCAGCUCUGUCACUGUGGUUUUGCCUCGCAGGAAGAGUUCCCGUAAAGCUUCAUCUGGUGAGCCGGUACUGCCAGAUGUUGAUCCUGACAGCACUGAGCUGCUGGCGGAGGAGAAACUCUCAGCCCUCCAUAUAGCUUGCCUGUAUGGUGAACUGCAUACUAUCCAGCUCAUAAUAAAGGCCAGGCCGUUGUGGGUCAACCUCGGUGAUUCUAAAGGUCGCCGGCCCCUGCACAUCGUUCUGUCCUCACAGCGGUUCUCCAACACAUACACCAUUUUCAAAUACCUGAUGGAGCAAGGAGCUGAUAUCAACGCUGCAACAAAUUCAGGGGAAACCCCGCUGCACACUGCCGCCAGCAGGGGCCUCCUCAGCUGCACAGAAAUGCUCGUGAAGGCCGGAGCGGAUAUUUUGGCAAGGGACAAAAUGGGACUGACGCCUCUGGACAUGGCGCACAUCUGGAACCACAGGAAGACAGCACGGUACUUGAAGCACUGCUUGUGGUAUUGCGAAAAGCAGGACGAAAUGGAGGAGACACAGUUGACUCAGAUGUUAUACAGAGAGCUCAUAGAUCUGGUCAAGCAGAAAAAUCUGAAUGAAAAGUCCCUUAUUGAAGAGAAGGUUGAAGAGUGGGCAAAGAAGAGAGGCUUGUCUCCGUUGAAGACGCUCACGCCCAGAUCCAAGGCGUCCAAAUACCACAAUAACUGCAGCUCACCAGAGAAGAGCAAGAGGCAACCAAAACCUACCAAGGGAGAGUCCAAACGCAUUCAAGAAAAGAAGGACGUCUCCAAAGCACAGCAGCCCCCCUUACCCGACAGUCCCUGGACUGUCUUUGGCCUCCACCCAGAGAAACCCUGCACAGACCCAGACCUCAGGAAAGAUGUCAUGUUGUUGAAGAACAGCAUCAACCAGAGGCUUCACUACACGACCAAGUGGGACACAGCGCCUCACCUCGCUCCCGACCUGCCUCUGGACAAGAUUCAGAGAUUGUUGUUUCCCAGAGCGUUUUCUUCUCGGCUCAACACGCCAUGGGACUUUGAGCCGCGGGACAUCAAGAAAGUCCAGCACAAAGGUUUCCCUCAGGGAAGGAGCACCUCUCCCUGGACAGAGGUGGUCAUGCACCUGGUUGAGGUCCUGGAGCUGGGACACUACUAGUCUUCCUCAUGUCCAGGCAAUAAAAUUAAGUAUAAAAUCCUUUAUAACAUCAUGGAGGAAAAACUUUGAGGCUUCGCACGUGGAUGUAGAUGCUGUUAGAACAAAUAUCUCUCUACUUUAGUGUCAACAGUCUUCCUGAGUAAAACAACUUUGAUCAAAUAUCUAUCAGAUUACACAGUUUGCACAAGUUUCUUCCAUUAAACCCCCAAAGAGAUGAUUUGCUCCCAAUUGACAUAAAAAAUAAGAUCAGACAAAGUGUUUGUUCCACAUUAAGUAGGCCGACAAUGCACAGUAAAAAAGCAGUAAACUUAUUUUGUCAGAUUUUAUGUUUGCUAGCAAUAGCAUCGUGUCAUAAUGUGCAAAUGCUGGGGUGUAAAUGUGUUAUACGAACAAUAAUCCUGAGCUCCAGAAAAUAACAAAUCUCUGCUUUAUCUUACAGCUGAAGAAGGUCCCUAUAGUGGACACAUACUGUUAAAUUGAAGUUUUUUCCCCCAUAAAAAAAUUCCAGCCAUGAAGAAUAAUUUCCAAACUUUCCCAUUUUGCGUACAUUUCAACAAAAAUGUUAGAGGAAAAAUAUUUUUAAAAACUAAAAAUAGUCCAAUAUCCUGGUUGCACAAGAGCACACAUAUGAAUGUGAUAAACCUGAAAUAGAGUUCAGCUGUUCGUGAUCGAUUUCCUUGACAUUCCCAUCCUUUAGCUCAAUGCGAGGUUACAGAGCAUCGAAAUCUUAUUGCAUAAAGGAGUCAGUUAUGAGAAGUGUAAGAAUAAAUAUACUCAUUGCUCAAUGACAGGAACCAAAACCAGAAGCCUUUCCAAAACUAAUUUAGACACUAGAGCGAAACUGGUCAGAGCCCAACAUGCCUGUAAAGUAAUUUCCAGCCAGUACAAGUUAUAUUCUACUCAUGAAAACACUCUCCUGUAUUCAUCAUCAUGUCUGAAAUAUGGAGGAAGUGCAGUUACAGCACAGACCACCACCAACUGAGGAAAAUUAGCUUGGCCGUAGGCAUUCUGUUUAAUCCCGCUCGAUUCUCAUCUCCCUUGAGUGCUCUGCCUGGGCUUUCUCCCGUUGAACUGGAUUCCUCCAUUUUCACCUGGGUCUAUGAGCGAACAGAAGAAGUUGAGAAUGACGUUGAUUUUCUGCUGUGCUUUAGAAUUGAAGUCAUCCUGUAGUUUCAGGAAUGGCAGCGGAGAAAGUGAGUAAAGCCAUUCAGUCUAUGUUGGCCAAGCUUCCACAUAUGGAAUUAGCUGCCUCGUUCAGCUCGAUCGCUUUUCUGUUCACGGUGGAGAAUGGUUGGUUACAGCACAAGCAAUUUCCAGUAAACUUCAUAGUAUCAGACUGGGGCAUUGCGUACAAAUCUUGGGCAAACAUUAGCAAAACAGCAUGAAAUUUAAAACCCCAACAAUUAGGCUGGCUAAAAACGUUUCAAGUGAAAAGUUGGAAUUGUAUAAGGAACGUGAAGACUUUUGAGAGCCGCUGCAUAUCCCAGGGUUUGACAAUACGUAGCCAAAGUGACAAAGCCAAACAUGUUAUGCUCUCCAGAUGCUACCCCAAUGAAAGCAGGGCUGGCGCAGGGUGAGUGAAAGGUGAGAAAACCUCAGUGAACUGGGUCGCCUGUCACAGAUGUAUGCACUUUCACUGAUCUGCCCUGGGGAAAUGAACCAGGAUCCAGGUGAGGGGUUCUGAACAAGCAUGCGAGUUUGAACCACAAGUCACAGUCUGUCAGCUGAAGGCGUUUGGUGGUCUGGAGUGUGUGUGUGUGUGUUGUUGUGGUUUUGUCUUUUUCCUUUACUUGACGGAGCACUUCACACCUCGGUCGGGGUCAGAGUCCACACCACUAUGAACCUGGUGCUCCCCCUGUGACCAAGUCACUUGAGACUGGAAUAACAUCAUCCCAUUCAGUUUGACAGGCUCACGCACAGAAACGCGUUCUGCGAACGGUGAAGGUCAACCGUCUGUGGUCGACUGGAUACACUGACCUUACUGAACUGGAAAUUAUGACCGCAACACUUUGUCUCCUUUAAGCAUCAAGUUAAUUCCACAAAUUUGUUUCAUAAAAUUAUUUAUUUCACAUCUGUGUACAUACCGACCUAUGAUGACUUUUGUAAAAACGGUUUCAGCUGCUUUAGCGUUUCUUUAAGAAAAUUAGUUUGUGCAGCUUCUGUCCUUCGGUAUCAAUAAUCCUGCAAAACAAAAUCAUUUCACAGGUUUGAUUUAACAUGUAGGAAGCUUUCAUGUCAGAUUUAGUCUUAAAUACAUUUAGAACAACAAAAAAAAAACCAUUACUUUAAACUCCAACAUUAGGACAAAUAGCCAGUCGUCAGUGCUGCUGAGUCGUGAUCGGGUUUAACUGCAAGCAAUGUGACCAGAUCUAGAUGACUGGGUCAGUGAACGCAGUUUCCGGCGAGUUUCAUUGAGCUUGCAGUUUACAUAUGUCACAACCAAAUAUUAGCGAUUGGGUAAAAUCAGAUCCAGUUGUUCAAAACUUACAAAGCAAUCGUUUAUCAAUAGCCGAGGAUCCAGAUUGUGUAUGAAACGAAACGUAGAACAAAGGGCUGGUUUAUAAUCAAGCUAAUUUUGUUUGAAGCAACCUCAAUUUUGUGCCUUUAGAAACUAUUAUAUUCAUGAACUACGCAAAAAUGUUUAAAAAAAAAAAAGUUUAUAUGGAAAAAUAAUUAAAGAUUAAUUAUUAAUUAUUAUUAAUUAUUAUUAAUUAAUUGUCAUUGAUUGAGGUUCUGACCCGGGUUUGAGUCAGUUGACUCUUCUAACAUCGGAUUUUACAAGCCCUGAUUAAUGCAUAAUAACUAAGUAACCUUCUGCCUGCAUAUCAGGCUUAUUAGAAUCUCAUCACUGCAUUUUCUUAUAAUAGAUUUUAUGAAAUUGCUUUAAGGCCUUGGCUGUCAAAUCUGGUACAGACUAAAAAACCUUGCACCAUCAAGAUAUAUAUAGGAUUAUAGUAGGUAUGAAACGUCCAAAGUUGGUAUGAAUUGAAUUGGUAGUUAGGUAGGAAUGGGUUUGUUCCCCAACAAAUGUCUCUAAAACAGGUGCAAAUUGCCACACAAUCUGUCCAAAACAUCCCAGAAUGCGAAGAAACGUCCUCCAACAUGUACAAUAACAGUACUGGAGGUACAACCUGACACACUGUUGGUCUGAAACAUCCCCAAAGCAGCUCUGAAUGGAUGCAUGAGUCUUAGGAAGUGAUUACUGUAGGGACAAACAGUCAGGUAGGAACGCGCGCCUCGUUUGCAACGAGUGGUGCGGUUCGGUACGUGACUUUGUCUGUUUUCAGAACACACUACCCCUGGUGCGCCUUGCAGGUUGUAGGUUUCAUUGGACAACGGUACGAUUAAGGCGAAGCUUCUGGCGUCACAAAACACGUGGUGGAAAGACUCCUGAAUCCGUCGUACUGUAAAAACAGUGCGACGGAUUCAAGCCUCAACGACCCGCGUUGCAGCGUUGUCGAUACGAACCGU